CAUGUGCAUCUCUCAGUCAAGAUGAGCUCCAUCGAAGAGGACUACGGGUAACUGACAUCACUUACUCUGGGGUGGCAACCCCCUCCCUUUCUAACCUCCAAGGAGCUUUCCAGUUGGGAAGAUUUUCUUGACUUUGAAAAUGAGAAAUAUGUGGUCCCUUAUCUCUUGUCUGGGCAAGGCCCAGCUUCCUCUCCUGAUGGUCCUGCAUUUUGGAGUUUUGGAGCUUGGAUAUUCCACAGGGAAUAAACUCCAUCUGCUUACCCUGGGGGAGGGGAGCAUCUACCGCCUGGCUCAGCUCCAUUUAGCAGAGGGAGUCCAUGAAGGCUUUAUUCAAGGUGUGCAGGAUGAUGGUUUGAUUUACACAUAUUGUGGAAUGAUCACCACAGUAUGCGUAGUUAACAUCUCAUAUUCAGAGUGAUUCAUAAAGGACACGGCCCAGAACACACAAAACCACCAGUAAUGGGUCAGCAGCUGCCACGUCACGACCCCCUGACAUCACAUCCAUAUGUGAAUGUCUUCACUCACCAGGCCGGGUCCAGGAUCUCAAUUCACUCUGCAGGACGGGCCAGCAGGACGCAAACGAUAAAGAAUAUGUCACUUCCGGCCUUCAUACCAGUCCUAGGAAUUGACCUGACAAAUAUUAACUAGGCUGCCGUGAUUGUCAAACACUAUUUUCCUGCGGGUAGGAGGCGAGGCGGUACUGAAGACCCAGGGCCCCCAGCCCAGGGACCUUGCUAGGAUGGGGCCGGCGUGGCUGUGGCUGCUGGGAGCUGGGAUCCUGGCCUCUGUCCACUGUCAGCCCUUUCCUGCCCAUGGAGAUAAGAGCCUGAGGGUGCCUGAAGCCCCGCGUGGUCAGCUCUCAGAGUCCCUCCCCGCCUACCAGAAAAUCACACCCACCCUUACCAGCUUCGCUUUGCGUCUGUACAAGCAGCUGGCAGCAGAAACCCCAGGAAACAUCUUCUUCUCCCCAGUGAGCCUCUCUAGCACCCUGGCCCUGCUCUCUCUGGGGGUGCAAGCUGAUACCCGGACUCAGAUCCUGGAGGGCCUCGGCUUCAAUCUCACCGAGACCCCAGAAGCCGACAUCCACCGGGGUUUCCAGAGCCUCAUCCACACCCUUGACCUACCUAGCCCCAAAUUGGAACUGAAACUAGGCAACUCUCUGUUCCUGGACACGCAGCUGAAGCCUCAGCAGCACAUUUUGGACAACAUCAGGGAGCUGUAUGGAGUUUUUGCCUUUUCUGCCAACUUCACAAACUCUGAUGCAACUAGGAAGCAGAUUAAUGGCUACGUGAGCAGGCAAACGUACGGGCAGGUCGUGGACUGCCUGGAGGAGUUCACCCAAGACACGCUCAUGGUUCUCUUGAAUUAUAUGUUCUUUAAAGCCAAGUGGAAGCAUCCUUUCAAUCGUUACCAGACCCAGAAGCAAGAGAGCUUCUUUGUGGAUGGGAGGACCUCUCUCCGCAUCCCCAUGAUGCACCAGAAGGAAAUGCACAGGUUCCUCUAUGACCAGGAGGUGGCCUGCACUGUCCUGCGGCUGGAAUACAGUGGAAAUGCCCAGGCCCUGCUGAUCCUCCCUGACCCAGGGAAGAUGGCACAGGUGGAGGCCGCUUUGCAGCCAGAGACCCUGAAGAAAUGGGAUAAAUUGCUCCUCCCCAGUGCUUCUCCGUCUGAUUCUCUCCCCAGCCUGCUGGAUUUGCACCUGCCAAAGUUUUCCAUUUCUGGAACAUAUAACCUGGAAGAGAUACUUCCCCAUAUUGGUCUCACUGGCUUAUUCAACUCAGAAGCUGACUACUCAGGAAUCACUGGGCAGCUCAACAGAACCAUCUCCAGGGUGUCACACAAGGCGACAGUGGAUGUGAGUGAGCGGGGAACCGAGGCAGCUGUGGCCUCCAGCCUCCUCUCCCAGCCUCGGUCUCUGAACGUGACGUCGGCCCCACACGCCCGUUUCAACCGGCCUUUCCUCCUGCUCCUUUGGGAGGUGACCACCGAGAGCCCACUCUUCCUGGGAAAAGUUGUCAACCCAGCUGCUGGGUGACCAUUGUGGGAGGCCAGGGGGCGUCUUGUCCAUUUUUAAAAAAACAGGAGGGCCAGCACCAACCUGCAUCUCAGGGAUGCUGUGAGGACCAGUGAAUCUGUGCAAAGAUGCUAAUAAAGUUGACCCUGGGUUUUGUGAA